CGCACAAGUUUCCUUGCUGUCCGGGUGUUAUUUACCGUUAUUACCAUCAAUCGAUAUCUCAAAUUAUUUAUUUUUCAUUUUCAGGUUUCACGAUUAGAUCUCGUUUUGUUCCCUCCCUCAGCCCAUCUCUCUGUAUCUGCUUCUGCUUCUUCCCUGAGUCCUCAGAUCAACAGCUUGAGAAUGGGUGUGGCCAAAAACAAUCUCGAUAUGGAAGAGGGAACGCUGGAGAUUGGCAUGGAGUAUAGAACUGUCUCUGGAGUGGCAGGACCUCUGGUUAUUCUUGAUAAAGUUAAGGGACCCAAAUAUCAAGAAAUUGUCAAUAUUCGUUUAGGGGAUGGAACAACUCGACGUGGUCAAGUCCUUGAAGUCGAUGGAGAGAAGGCUGUUGUUCAGGUUUUUGAAGGGACAUCUGGAAUUGACAACAAAUACACAACCGUGCAAUUUACAGGAGAGGUUUUGAAGACCCCAGUCUCACUGGAUAUGCUUGGUCGCAUUUUCAAUGGAUCUGGGAAGCCCAUUGAUAAUGGUCCUCCAAUUUUGCCUGAAGCGUACUUGGAUAUUUCUGGGAGUUCUAUCAAUCCUAGUGAGAGAACCUACCCUGAAGAGAUGAUACAGACAGGGAUUUCAACUAUUGAUGUAAUGAAUUCUAUUGCUAGGGGACAAAAGAUCCCACUUUUCUCAGCUGCUGGUCUUCCCCACAAUGAGAUUGCUGCUCAGAUUUGUCGCCAAGCUGGUUUAGUUAAACGGUUAGAGAAGUCUGGGAAUCUGCUUGAGGAUGAGGAAGAGGACAAUUUCGCCAUUGUAUUUGCAGCCAUGGGUGUAAAUAUGGAAACUGCACAGUUUUUCAAACGUGAUUUUGAGGAAAAUGGAUCAAUGGAGAGAGUGACACUUUUCCUCAACCUAGCAAAUGACCCUACAAUUGAACGUAUUAUCACUCCUCGUAUUGCUCUUACUACAGCAGAAUAUUUAGCAUAUGAAUGUGGCAAGCACGUCCUUGUUAUACUUACAGAUAUGAGUUCUUAUGCUGAUGCUCUUCGUGAGGUAUCUGCCGCGCGAGAAGAAGUACCUGGAAGACGUGGAUAUCCAGGGUACAUGUACACUGAUUUGGCUACUAUAUAUGAGCGUGCCGGACGAAUUGAAGGACGAAAAGGUUCCAUCACACAGAUUCCAAUUCUGACCAUGCCUAACGAUGAUAUUACACAUCCCACUCCAGAUCUUACAGGAUAUAUCACAGAGGGGCAGAUAUAUAUUGACAGGCAGCUCCACAAUAGACAGAUAUACCCACCAAUAAAUGUCCUACCUUCUCUGUCUCGUCUGAUGAAGAGUGCUAUUGGUGAAGGGAUGACUCGCAGGGACCAUGCUGAUGUGUCCAACCAGUUGUAUGCAAAUUAUGCCAUUGGCAAGGAUGUCCAGGCAAUGAAAGCUGUGGUUGGGGAAGAAGCACUCUCUUCUGAGGACUUGCUGUACUUGGAGUUUUUGGAUAAAUUUGAGAGGAAAUUUGUGACCCAAGGAGCUUAUGACACACGGAACAUCUUCCAGUCACUUGAUUUAGCAUGGACACUGCUUCGCAUCUUCCCUCGCGAACUUCUUCACCGUAUACCAGCAAAGACUCUCGACCAGUACUACAGUCGAGAUGCAACAAAUUGAUGAAAGAAACCAGCUCAGCUACCCGUCCUCAUUGGUUGUCUCCACCUUAUUCAUUUUGCGUGCUAUUUUAGUAGGCUGGGCCUGCUCUCCCUGCAUAGAAAUAAAGGCUGUAAUCCCAAGUUGAGUUCCUCUCUUUCAGAGCUUUUGUCCAAUUGAGAUACAUUAAUGUUCUUUCCGUGAAUACUUCUUAGAGCUCAUUGUUUAUGCACUUGGAUACAUAUUAGCAUGUUUAUUUAGUUAAUUUGGAUUAAGAUUUUCUUCCCUGAAUUGAAAUCAGGGCUCGUGUAAGAAUUAACACCUUGUUUGAUAUUUUUUAACCAUUUUACAAAAUGAGGUACUACCUCUCUCUGUCA